GGGGCGUGAAAGGGAGACAAGAGGCUCUGCUUUAGGCUACGCUGGGUAGCGCGACGGCGAGGUAGCGAGCCCUGGGACGAGUGUAGUUGAGAAACAAGACUCAGUAGCGAGGGGGGCACAGGAAGGAAUAUUUUGUGUGUCUUCUGGUUCUGUUGUGUGUUCACAAAAUAAAAGGUACAUUCAAAUGCUACUCCAUUGAAUAAGUUCCGUUAAUGGAUGAAAAAAUAAAUAAAUUAGAAAGUGAAAGUAGGUAUAAAUAGGAUAUUUCCAGAGAUAGAUUUUUAUAUUUAUUUUUGUGGACUACGGUACUUUGUUCUUGCACGUGACUACAACUUGCAGCCAUGGAGUAAUGAGCGAAGGCUGCAGGCUGUACACCGCCAGCACCUUUAGGUCGCCACGCAGUCGGAUUGUUGGAUAAGGAGUACCCGCUGUGAGGCCCGGGGCGUAUCGCCCCUCGAGUGUUGGCUUAUCUUUUUCUUUCACGGAUCACCUUUUUGGAUUACAUUUGUUUAGAACUGUGGAUUAUAUCCUCGGAUACAUUGCGAGAUUCGGUGGAACGGAAUGGGAGUCUGGAGUUUGUACAUGGAAGUCUACCAUCAGAGGCCAGACGACUGAGCUAUGGAGAGAGGCCCGCCCAUAAGAUCGGGAAUUCCCACAUACCAUGGUGCUCGUCCCCCGCCGUCCGGACAAGACAGGCCGGUUGGAGUUUACACAUCUCAGUCAACACCCCGGUCUGACAGUGGGCACGGCUCAUCCUGGAAGGACAAACCUAAUGCCAAUCACCAACUGCCCCCGCGACCGACGGGAAACGGCCUGGCCAUCUCGAAUGGAUCUUCAGAUCUCCAAGGAAUCAGGGCGACCAGGCCUGGACAGGGAGAGUAUGCCAUCUCUUCUAGGCACGGUCGUGCGGCACAGGACACCGGACAGGCGACUCAAUGUCACUCUCAAAAUAAACUUCGGCCACCGACUGGACGUCCGGUGGCGCGUAAUGGACAACAGGUCACUUCAUCAGACAGGAACGUCAUAGGCUGUGAGUCAACGGACCCAUCCGUAGCUCAAACUCCAGGUGUUGACUACACUAACCACGCUGAACAGCAAAAUCAUUCAGCCAUGGCUAAUGAUACAAGUUCCAGUCCAUUGGUUGGAGACACGGGCAGCUACCCUUCCACUCAACACAAGGGCGAAACUGGCGCCCAGGAGACACUCUACGCCACUUUCGACCAAACGGCUUCCGGCAUGGAGUGUCACAAAAUGGCGCCCAUCUCGGAUAAGGAUUACCCCAUCCGGGGCACUAUGUGCCCGCUAACCAACACGGUGGCCGUCAAGAGAUCUCUGGGCCCGGUCGACGAGGUGUCUUUCGUUUUCGGGCGCCCGGCCUCUCCCAGCUCUAGCGACCAGAUUGUCGGAUCGCCCACAAAGAGGUACGCCCAUCAAGGUAUGGUCAGGUGCCUGAGCCCUUCGGCCGGGCGUUACAUUGGCGGGCACUACUCGGCGCGGCCCCUGUCACCCAGCAGCGACGUGCUGCCUAUGAAGACCAGGAUGGGGGCUUGCGCCGCCCGCCGGGUGCUCUCGCCACCUCCAAAGCUAGGAGUAGGUACCGCGCAGGAGGCCAGGAUCCACCACCAGGGAGGGAUAUGCUGUGAGCAGUGCAAUGGGUGCUUGGUGGAGCUGAAACGCCAGGCUUUAAGAUUGAUGUUUCCUGACAAUGGAGGCGAGAGUGACCACCUAGCCCAGAGCAUAAAGGGGGACAACAUUUGUGACCGCUUGACUAUUCCGGAAUCUUACGAACGGUGGUACUCAAGGACAGGUCACUGUGGGAUAUGUGAGACGCCCAUAGGUCAGUUGAAGCAGGAGGCAGUGGCUAUGAUUCAGUCCAUUCAACUGGCUCAGAGCUCUGUCAUCCCGGCCAACAUACCCUCGUUGGUCGGCUCAUGUGGCAUGAGAAACAAGUACAGUAACCGGAAGUACCCUACAUCUCCCACCUCCUCCUCCAUGCACCUGGCGGCCCAGGCUCAGGCGUACCUGGAGCAAAACGUGCGAGCUUACAUCAACCCAAAGAAAUACUCCAUGCUGAUGGCCGGGCGGAUACCUGGGGCCUGCUCCAGCCAGACGACGGAGGGCCACUACGACACGCCCGGGUCGCCAGAGUUCACCUCGGACGCCUCUUCCUCCUCGUCCUCGUCUCACCUGCUCUCGCCCGCCGGACAGCACUAUCUGCACCCGCAGUGGGCGGGGCACGCCCACCCCCACAGUGCCAUAAUCACGCACGUGCCUUUCAGGAGUCCAUCGUCUGUGAGCUCCACGUCCAGCCCCGGCUCACCACCUCCGGUGCCGUCGGCAGCCGUCUCGUUUUUCGCCAGGGCAGCUCAGAAGCUGGGCAAAAAGAAAAAACGUCACCAGUCUCAGGACCAGGAGGUCCUUCUCUCCUUUCCGACCAACUUCUCUGACGUCAUCAGGCUGACCCCACCACCUGCCCCACCAUGCUUGCUCAGGACCGUUGGCAGGCUACAGAAUCCUGGCAUGGGCAAGGUCAAGGUCAUGCUAAAGAUAUGUAACGCCACAGGCAGCCAAGGGGAGCAGGGUGCCUCGUUCCUCUCCCCCGACCCGAGGAAGAAGCAAGUGACCGUAUUUGACCCCACGGCCAGCGGUUAUAUGACCUCGGCCAACAGGAGAGCCGGAGCAGCGGUGCCCAAAAUGUUUGCCUUCGACUCAGUUUACACUCCGGAUGAUUCUUUGACUGAACUCUGUGCUGGAAGCCUGACUGAAAUCUUACAGGCUGUGGUUGCAGGUGCUGAUGGCUGUUUGUUUACUUAUGGCUACUCUAAGCUGGGCAAAACCUACACUAUGACCGGAAGUGACCAGUCGCCAAGCACCCUGGGAAUCAUGCCCUGCGCCAUUGCCUGGCUGUUCAAACUGAUCAACGAACAGAAGGAUAAAACAGGGGCAAGGUUCUCAGUCCGGGUCUCGGCUGUGCAGGUGACAGGCAAAGAAGAGACACUUCGUGACCUCCUCAUAGACAUUGCCCAAGGAACAGAAGCCACUGGUGUGGGGACAGCUCCCAGCGUCUAUCUUCGGGAAGACCCCAUCUGCGGGACACAGCUUGAGAAUCAAAGCGAGCUGAGGGCGCCCACCGCGGAGAAGGCAGCCUACUAUCUGGACGCCGCCCUGGCCGCGAGAUGCACCACAGACGAGGACGAAGGCAGAUCUUCCAACAUUCUGUUCACAUUAAAUGUUUAUCAAUACAGGAUAGAGAAAUCCAACACCAAGGCUGGUUUGCCCGGAGUGGCUGGAGGACGAUCACGUCUGCAUCUGAUUGACCUCGGGACAGCCUCCAAGUCUAAAGAUCCAAACAAUGUUUCUCUCAGUCUGUCUGCUCUUGGUAAUGUCAUCAUGGCCUUGCUCAAUGGUCAACGCCACGUGCCUCACAGGGACAGCAAAAUAGCUCAGCUGCUGAGGGAUUCCCUGGGCAACCUCUCCUGUCGUACUUGCAUGAUCGCGCACGUGUCUUCAGCCGUGCCCCACUACAACGAGACCCUCCAGGUCAUCCAGCUAGCGGCACGCAUCCACAGAAUGAAGAGACGCCGGACCAAGUUUUCGAGUACCAGCUCAGAGGACAGUUCCACGGAUGGAGAUGUCAAGUUCAGACGACCGUAUCGUGGGCUCCGUAUGGGGACUCUCAGGGAGGAUGUUCUUUAUUCUUCCUCACAUUCAGACCCGGACUAUACCUCCAGCAGCGAGCAGUCUUGCGACACGGUCAUCUAUCUGGGAGCCAACGGUCAGUCCUUGAGCGACAGGGAGCUGACUGAUAAUGAGGGGCCACCCAGACACGUGCCGAGGACGAACCCGAGGCUACCCAGACGGCCCAGCGGAUCAAGGUCAUCAGGGGAUGACUCUGACAGUGGUCGAAGUGUCCACUCAGCCAGAAGCUUGGAGUCCAGGCUUCCAAUAAGGGCGCUGAUGUCACCGCCCCCUGGCGUAGGCGUGGCCAAGCUUGGCUCACCCACGCCUGGCUCUCCCAACCCUGGUUUGGUGAAAAUGGGCCACAGAAUGGCCGCUCAUAAUAAACUGAAUUCUGAUGGCCGAACUGCUGAGCCUGGACAGGCCAGUGCCAUGUGGCAGGAAAAGCCCACGAAAAUUCACUGCCACGCUUCUCAGAGAGAACUAGCCAAAGCGAUUCAUGAAAAGCAACAGCCCCUCGAGGGCGAACAGUGGAUUGACGGCCCUGGAGCAGCCAUGUACCCCGAGUCUAGUGGCAGUGAGAUGUGGGUCGACGGCCCUCCAGCUUUUGUUGUACAACAGCAGCCACAGUCGGUGCUUUCGGCCACUCCCAGGCCACCAGAUGGCCAACAUUCUUCCCAUCAUCACCACCAUCGCUCUGACCCAUUGUCUCGCCGGGUAGCCUCUAAGAAAGUAGACGCUGAAGAACACUGGGUAGAUGGACCUAAAGAGAUGAUAGCUGGAAGCAAUCUUCCCCAGCCUAUGCACACUUGCAUCAAGUCCGAUCAUCUUUCGAAAGUGCCGCCAAAGUCCAGCAUGUCAGCUGGUGUUAGUGAAAAGGCUUUGAAGCAAGCACUCGUGAAACACAUCAUGGAAGUGAAAGACAGGCCAGAAAGCUCACUGAGCGUCGAUAGUGAAUCUUCCAUGGCCGUCAUUCCGGCUGAGUCAGGACCGCAAAGUUUUAAUAGUAGUGAUGAUCAGUGCAGCAAUUCUGCUCCCAGCAAAGAUACCUCAGACUCAAGCACACGAUCUGAUCUAAAACAAGAUGCCUCUUCUAGCCCAAUGGUGUCCAGCAAAAAGCAAAAGCUGCACGACCAGAAAAAGAUCAGCGCAUCUAAACAGUCUUCGGUAGAUUCACCUGGUCCUUCACCUGCACUGUCCAGAAAGUGCUCAAAGGCUGACCCCGCCCACGUAGUUCGCCUACAAAAGACUCAGCUGCCAGGUUCGGCUAGUCCCACUCACCGAGUGGUGCAGUGGAUUAAAUCAGUCUCUUCAGAGCAGGACACUCCUGCUGCUAGUCAUCUCAUCGCCAGUGCGGCAAACAUUUCAAUGACUGAUGCUGAGACCAACACAGAGCAUGAUUCUGACUUUGAGAGAAUGGCAGAAGAGAAUGGAUUAAGAUGUGAUAGUGAUGAGGGUGCAAACGAGGCUGUGAGUAAGGACAAAGUGAAUGAUAUCACGUGCAAUAUAACAGCAGGGGAGACCAGCUUGGAUAGCAGCUUUGAUACUUCUAUGGUGAAUCGAGAGUCUAUUUACGAGAUGGAAGUGGAGGAGCACUUGGAGAAGAUGAGAAGCAAAGAUGGCUCACGUCUCGCGGCAGAUGUGGACAAUGAGACAUUCAGCAGCAUGUCUUGCAGCAACCAUGACGACACUGAGCGAGAUCAGCAUUGCUUAGAGAAUGAGUCCUUGCUUCUGCAGCACACUAAGGCACUCACAGAAUCCAAACAAACUGCUCAAAUCAAUAGGCACAUUGCGAGGAGUUACUCCAAGAGAGACAUUUCACCCAGUGAUCUAGAAAAGGAAAUUGAAGAACUGUCACGCCCACUGCUCAGCCGAAAGCCAGAUGGUGCAUCUAAUCCAAACUUAAUGAAGACAUUUUUCGAGGAAGACAUGCUUACAAAAGGGCACCUUGGCACCAUGCCGGCCAUUUCUCUAGAAGCAAUGUAUGUUCAGGCUGGACAUAAUGAUUCUGGUGUAGACUUUCCAACUACCUCAUCCAAGUCUUGUAGAGGGGUGUUAGGCAAUGACGAUUCGUUUUGUGAUAAAAAUGUAAGCCUGCAAUCUUUGUCAGAAAAAUCAGAUGCUUUUAAUUGUUCUUUAAAACAAACCAAAACAAAGCCCCCUCUUCCCAGCAAACAAUCCCCUGUCUUGAAACAAUCAGGUCUGCCAAAACCAUCUUCUUCCAGCCCAUCUAGAUCCAUAUACUGUGUCGCCAAGCCCACUAAAGAUUCCCAGCAAAAGGCAGGUGCAAAUGGGAAACACACUGCAGUGCCUGUAGUCAGUCCCUCCAUGCGAAACAAAUUUUCCAGGGUAGAAAAGAACAGCUCAUCAUCAUCAGGAGUGUCACCUCUCUCCUCCGCAACAUCCAGCCCUCUUGUUUCCAAUGCCUCAAAAUCAUCUUCAUCAUCACCGGUUCAAAAAUGUAGCAGCAAAGUGCCAUCAGCAUUCUCAUCAUCCAGAAACUCUUCCCCGACUGCCAAAGAUAGCAAGGGCCGCAAGAAGGAGAAGGAACCCAAAGGAGGCAGCAGCGCAAGAUCUAAACUUUCAGACAUUAUCCACAAAGGAAAGGGAAAUGACUCCGACAGUGGAAAUGACAGUGGUAUUGUUGCUCAUGAAAAGAAGUUGCUCUCCCCUUAUGCCACUGUCACAAAGCCUCGUACACCAAGCCACUCAAGCAGUGGACAUGGAAGCGACAACAGCACAAUCAGUACAGAAGUGCACCCAGGUCAUGUUCACCCAUGUGCCAAGGCAGAAAAUCUCCAUGGAGGCACCAGCAGUGGCUAUGAAAGUAUGCUGCGAGACAGUGAGGCGACAUGCUCGUCAUCUGGACAUGACGACAGCGGAAGUGAGUCUUCCUCUGAAUGCAAGAAAGGUUCAAAGAGAAAAGGAACUAGACGAAGUCGCUCUGCGCCUUCUCGAUCCACAGAGAGUUCCCCAGCUUCCAGUCAGCCCAGCCAAGCUGGUAGCAGAUCUAAUGGACCGACCCAUAAGGCCUGGGUUGAUACUAGGCAUUUGCAUAAGGUGAAAGACGAGCCUCUGGAACUCAAGAAAUAUGAUCCAGAUGAAGUUGAAAGACUAAAUAGAAGGCGAUUAGAUGAAGAAAAAAAUUCCAAAGGUGAAGAUGUUACUGGUGAUGAUGAAUCCAAAGACAGGAUAAUGAUGGAGAGAAAUGGCUGGUCUUUCGACUGCAAAUUUUUUAUGUGCUUUUCUUGCAAGUCACGGCAAAGGGGAACAGACGUAUAGCAUCUUGUGCCGCCAACAUAUUGAGAACUAGUCCAAGUGCCUGCAAGUGUUUUAAUAUUGAACAACAUGCUUGAUAUGGACAGUAUGUGAGAUAGUUACCACUCUGAGCUCAUACUUUUGAAACUGUUAUAUUGAUGACUGAUAUGUCAUUUGUCAUUUCUGAAAAGUACAAAAGUGUUUACAACCAUAGUUUGACAUCUUUAAAACUGAACUAAAAAAUUUUAACAUGCUGACAAAGUUUUAUAUUAAAACUUGAUUUUUUUAUUUACAAAAAAAUCAAAGUAAUAAUAUUUUAAAUUAUCUAUGCAAUAAUUUGCACAUACAUUUUUCUUUAUUAUUUUAAUUAAGAUAUUUAGUUGCAUCUAGCGGUUGUUGUUUUUUUUCUUCAUAUCUCUUUAUUGUAACAGUAAAACUAUUAGUGGCGUUAUCUAUUUAAUAGAAUAACUUGCAGGAAUUGCCUACCUUUGCUUUCAAAAUUAACAAAAAAGUAAACGUAGUAUUGAUUUUACCUAACAUUUUAUAUAAUCUUAAAAAAGUUAAAUACACAAUGGUAAUUUUUUUUUAUACAUAGAAUAAUCAGUUUCAAUAGUACAAAUUGCGUUUUCAAAAAAUAAUCUGAUUUUUUCUCAUAUUAAAUGCAUCAAAAAACUUAUCAACAUGAAUUAGAAAGAUUCAAAAGAUAAAAAAUGCAAAUAGAUUAAGAAAUUUGUAAAUUCAUUAAUUAUGUAUUUAUGCAAACUGCACCCAAGUAAUAAACUGCUGUUAUUGUUACUCCAAUAUGCAGUGUACUAGAGAACCCAACUGUGUUACUGUAUUCAAUAUGUGUAUAUACAGGAUAUCAUUUGCUGUAGUUAUUUAAUUUGGCUUGUACUAUAGUUCUGGUCUAGAAGUAUUGUUUGUGUGUACAUUUUGUUUUUUUAAAUUAAAACAAUAAACUUUUUUCAAAAGAUGCAAGUGAAACAAUUUUCUGGUGAGGUUUUCAGUUAUCAUGAUGAUGGAAUAGGAGAAAAAAAGACAAUUUUUUUUUUUAGUGAAAUAGUCAGGUAAAUGUGGAAAAGUAUUGUUAAAUAAUAAUUAGAAAAUGUGUCUGAUAACAAAGAGCUUGAAAAUAAUUCAGAAUCAGACACUUGGUAGAAUGGCAUUGUUACUAUCACAUUGCCAUUUGGUUGAACUGAAGGGAAAAAAAAAGCUGACAUGCAAUAAAAAAAAAAGGAAAACAAAAUUAAAAAGCAAAUAUUACAAAGGAUCAUUUUCUUGGCUUGAAGUUACAGAAUUAAUUAUAUUUCCUAAUCAGCAAAAUGUACUUGUUUGGAUAAGAAUAAGGCCUAGCAUUGAAUAUUGUUGUGUCUCUAGUGUUGAAAUGGAAAUGAGAAAAAAAAAUGUUUCUACUGCAGUUAACUACAAUGUGUCUUGACUCUGUGAUUUACAAACUGACUAAUCAGUGGCUAGUGCUUCCUAGUUUGAGUCAAUACAAUCACACUGUGUUCUGAAAACAUUGCAACUGACCUUUAUUGUAGUAACAAGUACCGAUAGUGAACAUUGUGAAACAUAAUCACUGCAUAAGUACAAGUAUCGUUGAUAAACAUGAAAGUAUACACCACUUUAACUGCUGUCUGUAGACAUACAAUAGCUCUGUCUCAUAGAAAUUAAAUAAAAGUAGCCAUAGAAUUCCUUUCAGACCUUGUAAUCUUUGGGGCAGACGAUGUAAUGGUCAUCUGUUUCUCAUUGAAAAACAUUUUUUUUAAUCUAAGCUCAAUGGGGCAAUGCAGAUUCUUUUUUUUUUAAACCAUUAUUUAUUCCAAAUAUUUGUACUGAUUUUCAUAAUCAGUGUAAAAUCUUUGAUAUUAAAUUACAGAUAAAUGUUUAUUUACUCUUAUAAUAAUACAAGUGGUACAUAAUGAUCACAUUGUAUCUGAUGCAGGAGAGGCUGAAUGUUAUGUAGACUACUUCACCUGAUCAGUGGUUCUCUAAUUUAUAUAUAUAUAUCUCUAACAUACAGCUCCAAUUGGUGAACAUAUGUAAUGAUAAAAGGGAUUGUGUAACAAACUUAUUUAGUAGUUAUAAACUUAUCUACCAACAUAGUAAGACUCCACUAGCACGAUUGUAGUAGGCCUUAUAGACUCCACUAGCACGAUUGUAGUAGGCCUUAUAUAGUUUAAACAUGUCUGUCCAUGUGUCUGCCUGCUUGCUCAGUAUUGCAAUGCAGCAAAAAAAAAAAAAAAAAGAUAUAUAAGUACUUUAUAAAGCCAUUGAGUACUUUCUACCAUUGUUUGCUCACUUUUAUUUUCAACUAUUCAAGAUGUGUAAAUUUUUUUGUUCAAAUGGAGGCAGCAGACUCUUUGUCAAAGUGUGAACUUAUCUCUUGAUACACAAUGUUGUCAGUAGUUGUCACCAUAGAACUUUAAAAUGAGUCUUUUUUUUUUAAAGGGGUUGUUCUCUCUCCUUUAUUCCCACAUUAACUAUAAAUAGGGUAAAAAGAAACAAGAAUGUUUUUAUAUAUAUAUGAUAGCCACUUCAAGGCUUGAAGAAUAAAAUGUAUCCUCUAUUGCAGUGAGAGUCAGUAUCUUAAUAUUUGGUUCCUUGUAGACAAGGUCGACAUAAUAGCAUUCUGUAUCUUUCCAUUUUUUAUAAAGAUAACUCCCUGUUAUAAUGAAUAUAUUUUAAGCAAUAAAUUACAUUAAAAUUUUUUGUUGUUGUUUUGUUUCAAAGCAAAUAUUCACUGAAGGAUGUAGAAAUUUGUUCUUCAUUGUGCGAGUUAAAAUUGUCAACUUGUAUAUAUAGACUGCAAUAUUGUUACUAAUGACUGAGUCAAACAUAUGAUGACCAGAAGUCUACAAAUAUUUUCUGUCUUCCCACUAAAUUUUACCAUUGAGUAGAAUGUUUAGUUUCAAUGGAAUUCUAGUGCAGACAACUUCCAAUGAAGAAUGCAGACUGAAAAAAGGAAUAGCUUUUUUUUUUUUUUAAAUUAAAACUGUUAAUUUUCUUUGUAUUUAUUUUCUUUUAAAAUAUUGAUAAUUAAAUUUUAAAAUAAUAUGUAUCUAAUUGAGCCUAUGCCCAACUUUUUCAACUUUUGUGUAAGCACAACUGACGUGUGCAUAAAAAGAAAUAUUUUGAACUGUAAACUUUGGCUGUAACAUUAUGUUAUCCAUCAUUAAAAAGAUGUACUAUUUAUAAGUAUUUAGUGGCAAAGGUUUAUUUUACUGCAUCAUGUAUUGUAGAGUGAGAUCAUUUUUGUUCCGCCAUUGAGUAUCCAAUAGUCAAGUACAAUUCUACAUAUAUCCAUAUCUGCUGUAAAUGAUUUGUUUUGUACAUAAGGACUGUAUCUAAUAAUAUGCUUCUCCCCCCAUCUCUCUUCCGUGUCUAAUUCUUCAUGUAGUAUUGGGACACCCUGCCCUUGGUGCCAGCUGUAGUGAGAGACUUAUCAGUUCAUUGACAUUUUGUUUUCAUCUCAUGGAAAAUUCAAAACAAAACAUAACAACCUUACUAUGAAAUGACUUUGUAAAUAAACUGUGCAAUUUAUUUUGUC